AGGUAGGAAGAACAAGUCCAGCACAGCAGCCGCCGCCGUCCAUGUCCAUGGCCCUCUCGAGCUCGCUGCGUGCCCUGGCCCUGGUCUCCCCGGCCCUCCCCUCCGCUCGUCCGAGCGGCGGGGUCGCCGCCCCGGCGUCCCGCACGGGGAGCCGGCCGCGGAGAGGGUCGGGGGUCGUGGCUGCGGCGGCGCUGCCGUCGGACGCGCAGUGGCUGGAGCGGCUGCCGGAGAAGAAGAAGCCGCUGUACACGCACAGCCUGCCGUGCAUCGAGGCGUGGCUGCGCAGCCUCGGGUUCACGCAGUCCCGCGAGGAACCCGCCCUCUGGGUCGCCGAGAUGCCGCUCUGGCACGCGCGCCUCAGCCUCGAUGUCACCGACCUCCACAUCAGGUACUUGAAAAGCGGCCCUGGAAAUCUUGAGAAGGACGUUGAGAGAAGAUUCAGCUAUGCCUUAAGCAGAGAAGACAUCGAGAACGCGAUACUUGGAGGACCUUAAUACAAUCAAGGAGCCCAAAGUUAGGAUUCGUUUAGUCAUGUUUGUUCUCGAGGCAAGGGUGGCACUGAAGAAGUCGCACAGCCAUCGAACGGAUCAUGUGUCGAAAAUAAUAUUCAUAAGCUCUUGCAGUGACUAGGAUGAAAUUGGAAAUGUGGAUGCCUCCAGGUGCCGUGCAUUUGGUUUGUGGGCGUAAAAAUGAAAACCUUUGAGCAGAAACUUGCUCAUAUUUAUGUAAAGAAAUGACUGUCAUAUCAUUAUGUUUUAUUAUGUCC